AUGGCUGAUGAGGGGGACACCCCAUGCACCCUCCCAUGGAGGAGUCAGAGCACCACCCCCCUGCCCGGGAGGCCCAGUGCAGGGUCCAGGAGAGUGUGCCCACGGAGGGGUCCGCCCAACUGGGAAUGAAGAGGAAGCCGGGAAAGCCUGCUGCCCAGACAGCACCCAGGACACACCCCAGGGCGCAGUCUCAGCCUGCCAUGGGGCUCAGCACACCCGGCUCCGACCCAGAGCCCCGAGAACCUCUGCCUCUGAGGCAGCAGGAGGACCUGGAGCACAGCACGGCAGAACACAGAGAGCUUCCCACUGGAUAUGGCUGAUGAGGGGGACACCCCAUCCACCCUCCCAUGGAGGAGUCACAGCACCACCCCCCUGCCCAGGAGGCCCAGUGCAGGGUCCAGGAGAGUGUGCCCACGGAGGGGUCAGCCCAACUGGGAAUGAAGAGGAAGCCGGGAAGGCCUGCUGCCCAGACAGCACCCAGGACACACCCCAGGGCGCAGUCUCAGCCUGCCAUGGGGCUCAGCACACCCGGCUCCGACCCAGAGCCCCGAGAACCUCUGCCUCUGAGGCAGCAAGAGGACCUGGAGCACAGCACGGCAGAACACAGAGGUUCCACUUCUAAGUCCUGUCCCUACCAUGGUGGUUGCUAUAGGUGCAGGACCCAGGGAACCACUGAAGGGAAAUCGAGACCUGAGCCUACUCUCCCAAAGACACCGGGCCAGCUGGGUACUGGCCAGCACACUGGGCAGAUUGGACCUCUGUGCCUGCAGGACCCCCAGCCCCAGGCACCCAUGUCCCACCCCCCUCAGCCCGAACGUCCACCUCCAGGUGCACCUGCCCCUGCUCGGGCUUUGGCAGGAGAACCUGAGUCUGGGCAUGAGUUACCAUCUCUGCAGGGAGAGCCUGCCCUGGCUCCUGCCCAAGACCCGAUGCCCAUGAUGACUGACUCACCCCUGCAGGGAGAACAGGCCCCCGCUCUGGACAGAGAACUCGAGCCCUUUCUGGAAACACCUCGUCCAGGGGCGUGGUUGGCUCUACAGCCUCCAUCCCUGUCUGCUCCCCGUGAUGUCAUCAACUCGCUCCCCACCCAGGGGAGAUUGAGGUCCGUUCCCUUGAGUGUCUUUUCAUUUGGA